GAUGAAAACCAGCAGGGUCUGUCAGAUGAAGAUUUACGAGCCGAGGUGGACACCUUCAUGUUUGAGGGCCAUGACACCACAGCCAGUGGCUUGUCUUUCAUCCUCUACUCUCUGGCCUGCCACCCAGAACACCAGAAGCUUUGCAGGGAAGAGAUCAUUAAAGUUCUGGAUGGAAAGGACACCAUUGCGUGGGAGGAUCUCAGUAAACUUCCAUACACUACAAUGUGCAUUAAAGAAUCCCUCCGCCUUUACCCUCCUGUACCAGGAAUAUCCCGGACCACCACCAAACCCAUGACCUUUUUUGAUGGAAGGACUUUGCCAAAAGGUUGUAAUAUUGCAGCAAGCGUGUAUGGAAUUCACAGGAAUGCAGCUGUCUGGGAAAACCCUGAUGUCUUUGACCCACUGCGUUUUCUACCGGAGAAUGUUUCCAGGAGGUCCCCACAUUCAUUCGUGCCGUUCUCAGCGGGGCCAAGAAACUGCAUCGGUCAGAACUUUGCCAUGAAUGAGCUGAAAGUGGCGACGGCCCUGACACUGAAGAGAUACCAUCUGUUAGAGGACCCGACUCAGAAACCCAAGUUAAUACCUAGAUUGGUGCUUCGCUCAAUCAAUGGCAUCUACAUCAAGAUCAAACCUGUAGACCCACAAGUGUAAAUGCUCAUUUCACAUAUUUUACUAAAUCUUAAUAUAAAAUCACUAACGGAAAUUAAUGAAGAGUAUAACUGAAGUAUUUUUUGGGGGAGAAAUUACUUGAUGAAAAUAAAGUUGUUUGUAUUUUAGUAUAAUUUUCUUACACUGGAACAGUUUUGGGCUGCACGGUGGUGUAGUGGUUAGCACUGUCGCCUCACAGCAAGAGGGAAAAUGGAUGGAUGGAUGGAACAGUUUUUAAAGAGAUAGCUUUGCACCUAAUAUGUGGAGAAAAAAAAAAAGAAUAAGACCUAUGUUAUAGCAGAACAUUUGUGCACCAAAUCAGUAUGAAAUAAUUUCUUUAUUUGUAAAUGCACUAUCCACCAUAAUAUAUUUUGAGAGUCAGUUUUUGUAAUGGUUGAUUGUUAGGACCAGAUCAAAUUUAAUUUGGAUGAACCGUCCUUAAAAAAAAGUUCACUACCUCUGUGUAAAGAUUUACUUUUGCCUUUACCUUAACCUUAUUAACUAAUUUGAAACAGUUCCAAAGUACUUUGGUACCGAGGUAUCUGGUCAAUAAAUACCUCCAGAAUAAAGUGUUGGAGGUCUGUCCUCCCAGUUUAAUUGCUUGGAGGCCAUUGGAUUACGUGCCUUUAGAAGACCUUUUAGGGAAUACAGAUGCAAUCAACAUUAUUUAAUCACAGCUGAAUUCACUGCAGAGAGUUUUGAGUCAAAAGUAAUUCAUUUUUUAUUUACAGUCAUAUGAUUACAAAAUCCACAAGGACAAAAAGUCACCAGCACAGUUUGUAAAAGUGAAACACCUCGUCUUUUGUUAACCUCUGAUCUCCAACCUGUCACUUAUAAGAUCCCAUGAAAUGGCCACUUGAACUUCCUAUAUAACAGCUCAUCUUUAGUGGUGACUUAAUGCUGUACCAAAGUAGAAAUAAGAAAUUUCAACCAUUAAGGCCUUCUGAUCCUUCCUGCAUGUUCUCUCAACCUAACCUUCCUUUCCUAGAACUUCUUGACCCUUUGUUUAAAAUAACAUUGAUAGCUUGCUGUCUUAUGUCUCCCCCACAUCCUCUCUAAAAAGGGAACACGAGAAGUGUCGUGGUGGCCCCUGAGGUUAAUAUGUAUAUUAACCACCAAAACAAGUGAGAAUACCAUUUCAUGGGACCUUUACAGUUGGGAAUUACAACCAAUUACAUAAUGUUCCACCAGUUUGACAUGAAUAACUUGACAUGAAUUUUUUUUGUCACUGUGCAAAGAUGGUUCCUAUGUCUCAAGUCGGUGUAUAAACUGCACUGUAGUUUUUUUGCAAGUGAAAGAUAUUAACGAGCUACAUGACCAUCAAAACAUACUAAAUGCAAACCUUUGUGUUUUGAAUACUGUUUUUUUUAAAUUCUACAGCACAGUUGGUCUUUGUUACUGUGCUGCUGUUUGAAUUUAAAACUACACUCCCUUACUACUUAAUAGUCCAAUUUACUGCCAACAUAGAAAACUGUAAAAUUCUUGCCUUUACAGUAUACUACAAACCAUUUAAAACUCAAUAUAUAUUGGAGAAAAGCCAAAGGACAGAUGUGAUCAACAUACUGUUUGGACAGGGCAAAUGGCUUUUAUCUGCAGAAGAAUCCAAAUCAGCAACGAGAAGUUUGCAUCAUUACUUUCAUGGGACGCCACAUAUAGAUUUUGAAAUGUUGACAUUGGUUCAAAAGGCCAUAAACAAUAAUACCUGCAAGUCUGCAGCUAAACCUCACUGAAAACGUUGACCAUUGUGCACAAGUCACCAUCUAGUGGCUUGUUGGACAAAAGCACUUGAGCUGAUGUCCUAUUGGUCUAAUACAUGUAAUGGAAAGGCUUCACAUUAUAUCGAUAGGUUUUUCAAAAUAAAAGCAGCCCUCUGUUUUGAUAGAAACUGA